AUGAGUCUCCGCGCACCCCUCGGCCUCACACGGCGGGCCUUGCCUGCUCAGAUCACAAAGUAUGCCGCCACAAAGCAACAAUCCAUGGCCACUGUCGUGCCGCCUGUCACCCAAGAUAAUACUGGUUCAAAGGGCCCCACUGCCAUGGUCUUUAUGAACAUGGGCGGUCCUUCGACUACUGCUGAGGUCGGCGACUUCCUCAGCAGGUUGUUUGCAGAUGGCGACUUGAUCCCCCUAGGCAGAUUGCAAAACUACCUCGGCCCUCUCAUCUCCAAGCGCCGCACUCCCAAAAUCCAGAAGCAGUAUGCCGCAAUUGGUGGCGGUUCACCCAUUCGCAAAUGGUCCGAGUACCAGAGCUCCGAGAUGUGCAAGAUCCUCGACAAGAUUUCGCCAGAGACUGCUCCUCACAAACCCUAUGUCGCUUUCCGCUAUGCUGCCCCCUUGACCGAGGAAAUGUAUCAGAAAUUGUUUGAUGAUGGCUUCGGCAAUGGCAAAGGAGGCAGAGCUGUUGCCUUCACCCAAUACCCACAGUACUCGUGCAGCACAACCGGAAGUUCUUUGAACGAGCUAUGGAAAUGGCGUCAAAGACUCGAGACCAAGCGCGCAGGUGGCGAGAUUGACGAAGCUGGCGCAAUUACUUGGAGUGUCAUUGAUCGCUGGCCUGUACACUCUGGUCUCAUCGAAGCCUUUGCUCAAAACAUCGAAGCCAAGCUGCUCGAGUACCCCGAGGAGACAAGAAAGGACGUUGUGUUGCUUUUCUCGGCCCACUCCCUGCCCAUGAGUGUGGUCAACAGAGGCGACCCCUAUCCAGCCGAGGUAGCUGCUACCGUUCACGCUGUUCAACAGCGUUUGGGCUUCAAGAACCCUCACCGUCUAGUCUGGCAGUCUCAAGUGGGCCCCUCUGCCUGGCUGGGCGCCCAGACCAGCGAUACUGUCGCAAACUUCGUCAAGAGAGGCCAGAAGGAUCUUGUUCUUAUUCCCAUCGCCUUCACCUCGGAUCACAUCGAAACGCUUUUCGAAGUUGAUCAAGAGAUCAUCCAUGAGGCCAAUGAGCUAGGCGCAGAAGGUCGUGUCAAGAGAGCAGACUCGUUGAACGGCAAUCCUGUCUUCAUCCAAGGUCUGGCCGAGCUUGCAAGAGACCACUUGGCCAGUGGCGACGUUGGCAGCAGGCAGCUGGGUUUGAGAUGUCCUGGCUGCACCAGCCAGAGAUGUCUGGAGACCAAGAAGUUCUUCAUGAAGCAAGAGGCAUUGCUGUAG